AUGCACUUGCAAUCGAAGCCUCAUAUCGACGUGAAGCAAGUCGGUCGAACGGGCUAUCAUUUUCAACCCCCGAUGAAUUGGAUUAAUGAUCCAAAUGGACCAAUGUAUUACAAUGGAAUCUACCACCUUUUCUAUCAAUACAACCCAGAAGGGGCUGUUUGGGGCAACAUUGUUUGGGCCCAUUCAGUCUCCAAAGACCUAAUCAACUGGCAAAGACUACCAAAUGCCAUAUACCCAUCAAAACCCUUCGACAAAUUCGGUUGCUGGUCGGGCUCGGCCACGAUCCUCCCCGGUAACAAGCCCAUUAUUCUCUACACCGGAAUUGUCGACCCAACAAACACACAAGUCCAAAACUACGCGGUCCCAGCCAACUUAUCCGACCCAUACCUCCGAGAAUGGGCCAAGCCCAAUAACAACCCAUUAAUCGCCCCAGAUAAGUCCAUCAACAAAACAUCCUUCCGCGACCCAACAACGGCUUGGUUGGGCCCAGACGGUCAAUGGCGAUUAUCAUUAGGCGGGCGAAGGAAUAAUCGAGGGAUUGCUUAUUUGUACAGAAGUAAGGAUUUUAAGCAUUGGGUGAAAGCCAACCAUCCCCUACAUUCCACGCCCGGGACCGGGAAUUGGGAGUGUCCCGAUUUUUACCCGGUUUCGAUCAACGGUACAAAUGGGCUCGACACGUCGGUUUACGGGCCACGAGUUAAGCAUGUGAUGAAAGUGAGUCUUGAUGUGACGAGGUAUGAGUAUUACACGUUGGGUAGUUACUCAACCAAGAACAAUAGGUACGUUCCGGAUAAGGGCAUGAUUGAUGGGUGGAACGGGUUGAGGUACGAUUAUGGCAAUUUUUACGCGUCGAAAUCGUUUUAUGACCCGAGCAAGAAAAGGAGGAUCUUGUGGGGCUGGGCUAACGAGUCUGAUUCAACUGCUGAUGAUGUUAAAAAGGGUUGGGCUGGAAUUCAGCUUAUCCCACGUACAAUUGUGCUCGACCCGAACGGCAAGCAAUUGCUGCAAUGGCCUAUUGAAGAAGUAGAAACUUUAAGAGGGAACAAAGUCGAGUUGACAAACCAGAGGCUUGGUAAGGGAAAGAAAAUCGAAAUCAAAGGAAUAACACCUGCACAGGCUGAUGUGGAAGUGACUUUCUCCUUCGACAGCUUGGACAAAGCUGAGCAGUUUGAUCCAAGCUGGGAUAGACAUGAUGCACAAAAGAUUUGCAGCCAAAGGGGUUCGACUGUCCAAGGUGGACUAGGGCCAUUUGGGCUCUUAACAAUGGCUUCAAAGAAUCUGGAAGAGUACACUCCAGUUUUCUUCAGAGUUUUCAGGGAUGGAACAAAGUAUCUUGUUCUCAUGUGUUCCGAUGCAUCGAGGUCCACCUUAAGGGACGAAACUGGGAUAUACAAACCCUCGUUCGCAGGAUUCGUUGAUGUAGACUUGAGCAGCAAGAACCUUUCUUUAAGGAGUUUGAUUGAUAAUUCUGUUGUGGAGAGUUUUGGAGCUCGAGGGAAGACCUGUAUUUCGUCAAGGGUUUAUCCGACUCUAGCAGUAUACGGAAAUGCACAUUUAUACGCAUUCAACAACGGCACUGAGACUGUCAAAAUCGACACUCUGCAAGCCUGGAGCAUGAAUAGACCUCAGAAUAUGAAUCAAUAA